AUGAAUAUCUUAACUUUAAUCAAAAAAGAGUUACCUGAUGAAAAACUCUAUUUAUUCAUCAAUCGUUUUAUUUUUACGUUUCUUUUUCUUUUCGUUGGUUUACCAUUAUGGUAUUCUACAACAACUACUUAUCGUGCACCAUUACCAUAUUCUCGUAUAACAACUCUUGCUUCAACAUCGUCGGAGGAUGUAACUGUAACAAAUUUAACAUCAUUUCAAGCGGCUUCAUCUUAUGAAAUAUCGUUUUAUUUAGUUAAUAAUAAUGAUGAAAAUUAUAGUUUAAAUAAAACUGAAUAUGAAGAAAUAAUAGCAUCAACAAUUGCUCCUUAUUUAAUCAAUACAUAUUCGAAAUAUAUUGAUUUUGAUAUAUCAACAGAAAUUAUUUCGAAUACACGUGGAAUAUUACCAAGUGAAACAAUUCAUAGUUUAGAAAAACGACAAAUACCAUUUUUUAUUAAUAAACUUGAAUAUUUAUUACAUCGUUCAACAAAACAUUAUCGUGAAAAAAUAUUUUUUAUUUUAUUUAUUCCUGAUGAAAAACAAACACCAUUAACAAUUGAAAAUAAUCCACAAAAUUCAAUUAUUGUACCUAAAUGGGGUAGUGUUAUAUUUUAUAAUAAAUAUAAUUCUCAAGAUAAUUUAAAUGUAGUAAUGAAACAAUUUCUUAAUCAUUUCAAUCAAUUAUUAGGUAUUGAAACAAUUGAUCAAUGGAUUUCAUUACGUACAAUUGAAAAUUAUAAUAAUGGACGACAAACAUUAUUAACAUUAUCUCAAUUACUUCUUUCAAUUCCUAAUAUUGUUAUUGAUGAUAUUAUGGCGAAAAAAAUACAUAAUUCAGUUGAUUUAUUAGAACAAUGUCAAGAAAAUAAACAACAUAAUAUUUGUCAACAAGGACGUUUACUUGCUGAUCAAGUCUUUUUUGAUCCAUCAUUACUUAAAUUACUUUACUUUCCAGAUGAUCAAAAAUUUGCUAUAUAUGUACCAUUAUAUUUACCUAUGGGCGCACCAUUAGCUUGGACAUUAUUUAAUGAUAUUAAAUUUUUGAUAGAUAUUAUAAAACGCAAUCGCUAA